AUGGACUUCUGUGAACAGCCAGACUCGCUCAUUAUGAAGAGUAGCAAGAUGCUUGCCACCGAGGCUAUGGUCGAUAGCCAGCCUGAGGUCAACACAGUUGAGCCAUCUCGUGCCAUCAGCAACAGUGUCAUGACAGCCAGCACGGCGGCAGUCGAUCAAUAUGGCGGCGCUGCUGCUUUGUCCCCGGACACCGAAGCAGAAGUCGAUGCUUCUGUCUUGGCUGCUCCUGGAAAAAGUUCGCCCUCAAUCACCUCCAGCGAUGGAACUGGCGAUGCAGUGGUUGAGCAUUCAGGUGAUCGGCUUCUGCCUUCCACUGAGCCUUCCUGCGAUUGCUCCGGCGCACGAACCGAUGAAGAUGUAACUGCUCGCCUGAACCAGCUGAAGAGCUUGAGCAUCUUCAACCUGGACGCCGCGACUCUUCGCUCUACGCGUGUGGCGCUCCACCAUACCGCCGCGGUCAACACUUGCCUCGGUGCCGGGAUCUACUCACGCAAGUAUGACUUUUACGAAGCGUUGAGCCGCAGCGAGGUGGAGUUCUGGCUCACCGGCUGCACCACCGCGCGAAGGGCUCUGCCGCAGGUCUUUCAUCUCCUCGACGAGAUCCGGGAGGCGCAGCGGAUCCUCUUCGGCCGCACUGACGAUGAGGAACAGGAGGUGCCAGAGGCUCGCAUACCUGAUGAGCAGGAUCGCUUCCCUGAUGAUAGUACCUGGUUCUGA